AUGAUCACACUCUUUGUGGCUCUUUACUCUCUGCUUUGUCUCUGCACAACUGGAAACACUUCUGACAUCAAGGAGCUUCAAGUGAAAAUAGUAAAGCAUGGAGAAAAUUUAACUAUGGGGUGUAACAACAAUGAACAAAGAAGUAAUUUAGCUUGGUACAGACAGAGUUUUGGAAAAGUGCCUCAGGUAUUGGCGAGACCGUACCAAAAAGGCACCCAGGGCUACAUAUUUUUUAAGGGGUUUAAUGAUAGCCGCUUCAGUGUUACUGUAAAGGACAAAAAGUUUGAUCUCAACAUUAAUGAAAUAAGUGAAGGUGUUGGAGGAGAAUAUUUCUGUGGAUUUGUGGAGGGAAGUACAGUAAAGUUCACAUCUGGAACACGUCUGCAGUUUGAAGGUGAAGAGAUGAAACCCUGUCCUACACCUGGAACACUUAACAAGAACACACACUCUGUUACACACCAGGGUUCAAACAGCAGAGAUAGAGAAGGUGCUUCAUCAAACAACCAUCAAACUCCCACCAAUCAGGCUGAUGAUGAAGAUGUCUUGAACUAUGCAGCUGUGAGUUUUGCUAAGAAACCUUCAUCCUCCAGAACAUCCAGAGACAUGAGCCAUCAAGACGUUUAUGCACAAGUUAAGAUAAAAUAAAUAAAGAGGAAUAAAGUCAGAAUUGAAAAGCAGUAUAAAGGUAAUUAUUCACCCAGUUAGGAGACAGAAGUGUCCCAUGUUA